AGUUAACCUAGUACAAAUGGCGUUAAGAGUUGUGACCAAUUAGAAGGCUGAAAGUCUCGAGUGUUAUCCCUGGAUGGAGCACUGCCGAGAUAUUGGAACUUACUAAAUGUGAGUGAAGGACUUUUAGGCUCACCAGGCUUACUUUAUGUUAGAUACUAUAUAGGUUGGGCCUGGUAGAUAGAGGGAGGGAGGUAUUCGUUUAACCCCCUUGAUCCUCCUUCAAUGCUCCCACAGCCCCCUUCUAACGUUAGGUUUCAUGUCACAUUCAGUACCUUGUCAACUGACACGGUUCGAAAUGUCCCAACCUGCCUUGCAUCCAACAUGUUAUCUCAACCAAUUUCCCCCUUUGCUGCGGCGUUUAAGUACUGGUAUUUACCAACCAAGUUUGGCCAACUGCGAUAAUGAAUUUUCUAUAUAUAUUUGAACAGGCAUAUCUGAUUUACUUAACCAAACUGAACCCAAACUCAUCACGAAAAAGGAGGAAAACACUUUGAAAGAUACAGAAUUACGUAUUGUUGCGAUGAAUAAUUCAUCUACUCUUGAGGAUCCGCGCCAGGCCCUCAUCCGGCUUGAUUUAUUUCUCAAGAUUUCCGAGGAAGAGUUACUAAAAAUUAUUCGCGAAGAGUUCGCUGAUGAACUAGAGCGGCUGAAAAGGGCAUAUUAUAUUCCAAGUGGGCCCUCUGUCAUCUCUUCGACGCCAACGCCAUCACGACUUUUAUUCAAUUCAGAUUAUGGCGAGGUCAAUCGCACUCUUGUAGGCCUCCUGACUCUAAAAUGGAUUUGUACGAAACAAUAUGACACCCUUGUAGGAACACAGGCGGCGGCAGUCAAAUUGAGUAAAGAAUCCUUUGACUGGAUCUAUCACUUGUUUAACACUUUCAUAUCGAAUUAUGGGAAUCUUUACGCACUGAUAACAUCGAUCUUAAUAAAUGACCUGGGCAAAGACGAAAAGCUGGUUUCUGAAUACUGGGAGAAAACGGACGAGGAUAUUUCGGAUCAGAACCACGACAUGAUCUUACUCAAAGCUGUGGAAGCGGGAAUGGUCCCUGCCUUCGAUCGUCUUACUCCGCAGGAAAAGGACGACGUUAGAUAUGGUAUACGGCUGGGUGCCGAGUUCAACUUUGGCCAGCUCGCCCAAGCGGAAAAUCCGCCAGCUUCUUUAUCGAUUAUAGGGGAGCUAGGGAGAAACCAACGGGCCUUCAAAUUGCACUUCAUGGAACAGUUGCUGGACGUCGCGGGAGCGGCAGGCCACAUGGACUGGACCUGUGCCAAAAAAUUGAACCAGCCUAUUUUUGAGGCGUUCCGCGACGCUUAUACCUCUACUAUAAGUAUUGUCAGCUCCCCAACAUUAUGGACCUUACGCCAAAAGUAUGACAUGACUUUGCUUAAAAGGAGUGAGCGGUUGAAUGCCAAGGGGUUCCGGGAAUUAGACGUCGUCAUACCAGCAGACCGGGCUUUGCUCAGAUUGCUGUGCAUGGGGAGUGUCAGCAGCAGGGAAAUGGCCGAGCUAUACGACGAUGUGUGGGGGGGUCUCCAGCCCUCUGUCAGGUCUGCACUGAUCGAGGGCCUGAACAUCGAUGGCGCGGUCGGCAAACCGGCGGUGCAGCCUACCUACAUGCCGGCGAUUGUUCUACAGGUCAUCGACGCGGAUGGUCCUAGUACGCAGGAGAUGAGGAAGAAAGCUUUUCACAGUGCUCUGGUGUACCUUUCUCGCGUGCUCGGCGAGGCCAAGGUGCAAGAUGAUAGGGCGAUUGUGAUCGAGUGUAACUUACUCCGUGUGCUGAAGGACGUGGUUCAGAGUGAUGCGUUUCUGGCUGAACCUAGUAUUUUGGAGACAACGGGUGUGCCAAAAGCGGUGGUGGCGAAGGCGGGAUGAUGGGAUGGCUAAUAUGUACAGUAUUCAUGAUAUAGGUAACUAGCUAAUAGGUAUGAGAGAUGCUUUGGAACUAGGUAGGCAGGUAUCAUUUCUAUUCAGUAUUCCUUACUGGAAGACAACUCCUAAGCAGUAGUU